ACAGUGCAAACGCCACAGAGAACGGCCAUCUUGUAGCGAGUAAGGGGAGGGACUUCAUACCAAUUCUCCGUGUCUCUGUGUUAUUGUUCGUGCGCCGAGAACCACACAACUUUUACAUUAAGAAGGAAGCGUCGUGAAGAUGUCCACCAUGAAUCCGGAGUAUGAUUAUUUGUUCAAGCUCCUCCUAAUUGGUGACAGUGGUGUUGGAAAGUCUUGUCUACUGUUAAGAUUUGCUGAUGACACCUACACAGAGUCUUACAUCAGUACGAUAGGCGUAGAUUUUAAAAUCCGAACUAUUGAAUUAGAUGGUAAAACUAUCAAACUCCAAAUCUGGGACACGGCUGGUCAAGAACGAUUCCGAACAAUUACAUCCUCGUACUAUCGUGGUGCUCAUGGCAUCAUAGUUGUAUAUGAUACUACAGAUCAGGAAUCCUUUAACAACGUAAAGCAGUGGCUACAAGAAAUAGACAGAUAUGCCUGCGAAAAUGUUAACAAGCUAUUAGUAGGAAAUAAGUGUGACCUUACUCACAAGAAAGUAGUUGACUAUCAGACAGCCAAGGAAUAUGCUGACUCCUUGGGAAUUCCAUUCCUUGAAACCUCGGCUAAGAAUGCUACCAAUGUUGAGCAGGCCUUCAUGACGAUGGCUGCUGAGAUAAAGAACCGAAUGGGACCACCGUCGGGUGCUGCGGGAGCUGCGCAGGGAGUUAAGAUUAGUCCUAGUGCUCCUGUUGAAGCUCAAUCAGGUGGAGGCUGCUGUUGAACACACUCAUAGGUUAACAUCAACGUUGAAGAGGUCUUGAGGCAAAUAGUAAUUGCUGUAUCUUCACUUAAAUUAACUUGAAAAGGUAUAGGCGAGACCUGAGGAAGUUGCGUGUUACAACCAGUGAUAACCAAGUAGUUGAACUGUGAAGGGUACGGUGCAGAUUGACUCGAUCAACAACCUGACUGAAGUAAUAGGCUAAAGUGUGAUUUUGGAAUAUAAAAAUGAAAGCCUCUGUGCAUUUUUGGCAGGUGAUAAAACUUAUGAUUUGGUUA